UCGGUUUUAUAUACAAAAACAACCGGUGGGGCGGGGCUCUUUACGAUUACUACGAUACAAGGGGUUAGACUGUUCCCGUCGGUGGACGCAUUAAACAAAAACGAACGAAUAUCUGUGACGCAGAGCUUUUUCUUUAAAAACAUUGUCGGACACAAGGAAGUGAGACCAGAGAGGGCUCGAGAGAGAAGCAGGUCAAACCAAGUACAAAUGCCACACUUAGUUUAGCAAAUAACGCUACAUUAGCUCGCGAGUUACAUUGAAAACGGAACAUAAAGGUCACUAAUGUAGCCACAGAGGGUCUUAGAUGUAUAAUUUUGAGCUUCCAUGCAUGUAAUGUGACUAGCUAAUGGCUGACAUUACUGAAACUGUUACACCACUUAACAAACAUGUCUUGUAAAAUAUGCCUCGUCGUUUUUUAAUUAUUCAGCUCGUAUGCAUUACUGUCAUGAGUAUCGUUAGAGACACAUUAUGCAGAAAGAGAACCUCGGAGCAGUGUUGGACCAAUAGGACACUUUUAGCUAGUUAGCUAAAUAUAGUUAUAAAAAGUGUCAUCAAUGGAGAGGAGCAGCGAGGAAGAGGCAGCUCCUGAUGAAGAGGAUGGAGUCCAGGCAGCCGGUUGGGAUGUGAAGCCAGGCAGGUCUGAGGAUGAAGAACUGGUACCUUUAACAACAUCCACAGGUGGAGAAUUAGACCCCUCUGUGGACAUUUUGGCUCUGAGGCUGUGCAGAGAACUUGUGAAGCAGGAGAAAUCAGAGAUUGGACCGACGGGAUCAAGGGGUGUAAUGUCUGAAAGGGAUGCUCCCUCUGUGUCUCCCUCCAGCCUCAUGGACACCUGUGGUCCCUCUAUAUCAAGCCUCUCCUCCUCUUACUUCUCUCCCCAUUAUCAAGCCGAAUUUUCUUCAUCCUCCUCUUCAUCUUCCUUGUGUCUGACUCCACCCUUGCCUCCCUCUGUGGAGCUCCCAGCUGUGUUGACUGAUACAAGGCUCACCCUGGAUGUGUACCAGGGAGGAGCUGCUGCGCUGCCUCUGCUUUGGGGGUCCAUCCCAGAGCAGCUGAGGGGCCUCCAGUACCUGAGACUGGGCUCUGAGGAUAAACCAGCCCUGGAUGGUGCACUGGAUGUCCUGCACCAUCUGACUGAGCUGCGUUCACUGGCUGUUCGGGGGCACUGUUUUUAUGACUCACAAGGUGACCCGCUGCCUGGCCUCCUCACCACUUUGCCCACAUCUGUUUCCUCCCUCUCUCAUCUGGUGCACCUGGAUCUCUCCUUCAACCAGCUCUCCUGUCUGCCACCCUGCCUUCUCAGCUUGCCCGUUCUGUCAUCUUUGCUCCUCUGUCACAACCGCCUCUCAGCUUUGCCUCCUGAUAUGGGCCAGUUGUCCUCCCUCACCUACCUCUCCCUCCUGGGGAACGAGCUGGUCUCUCUCCCCCCAAGUGUGGGUCAGCUGAAAGCACUGCAGACACUGGAUAUUUCACAUAACCUGCUUCAGCAGCUGCCCGAUGAAAUAGGUUGUCUGGAGCAGCUUGUGCAGCUGGAAUUGUCUCACAACAAGCUGAAGCGGCUACCAGAAAGCAUGGGCUCCCUCCUCGCCCUCAGGGAGCUCGCUGUCUCCAGCAAUGACCUCCGCCUGAUCCCACAUUGUCUGAACAAACUGCCUCUGCUGCAAAUAGACGUGCGUGGCAAUCCUUUGGGACGACCCCCAACCCCUCCUCCUCUCCCUCCUACACCUGAUCGAGCAGCAAGAAAACUUCAAGAGUUGCACCUUGGAUUUAAUCAGCACAGUUUCUGUGUUUCGUCUGCUGGGUGUCAUGUAUUUCUCCCAGGGGGGGCUGAGCUGCUGUUCCCCCCGGGGUGCCUGGCGACAACCACAAGACUGAAAUGGGUUGAGAAAAGGCCAGAGAGGAAGUGGGUGCGGCUGGAGGAGCAUGAAAUCUUGCUAAGUCGUCCACUGGAACUUCGUCCGCAUGGAAUUACAUUUCUAAAGCCUGUUGAGGUUUGCGUUCCAUAUCAUCGCGCAAAGAGGAGGGAAGUGGUGGUGCAGAGGUUCGACGGACAGUCAUGGAGCACUCUGCCCACUGCUCUGAGGAGAGGAAGCCAGAGCCAUAGCAGCCACCCUGGUGGACGUCCAGCCAGGCUGGCCUGCUGCUCAGUGAGCCAGUUCUCCUGGUUUAUGGCAGUGUCCCGUCCAGUAAAGGACAGUUGCUCUGUUACACCAGCUGGAGCCUUGCUGGUGUCCAGUGCUGACCCUGGAGUUAAGCUCCACUUCCCUCCAGACUCCACCGUGCAGACCCGCACUAUAACCUUACAGGUGCUGCAGGUGUCUGUGUCAGAGGUGCAGGCACUGUGUGGUGAUCCUCAGGCCAGAGUCAGCCCUCUCCUCUGCCUCUCCCAGACUCCCAGCAUGCAUUUCCUGCAGCCUAUUAAAGUUCAGGUCCCUCUGCCAUCUGGAGUCACAGGCCACACAGUCGAUAUGUCCUGUUUGCAUCUGCUACAUGGAGACCCCACCGCCCAAACCUGGACCGACAUUACUUCGCAAGUGUCUCUCUACGUCACUCAUUUGUAUGCCAUUUUCUAUAUCACACAUUUCUCCUGGUACUGGCUGUGGUACACCACUCAGCGCUGUGUCAGUGGGGUGGUCAGGAAGAUCUAUCAGAGGCUAAAGCAGUUUAAAGUCCAGUUCCUCGUCCUCCAGAGGAAGACUGAUCCCUCACAAGUUAUGCUACAGUGUUUACCUGCUAACAGGGUGGACAGCAGAGUGCAGUCUUUGUCAGAGCAAUAUGAUGGACCUCAGCCGUCAGACCUGUGUGACCUGCUGGAAGGAGAGCAGUUCUUUGCAGGCUUUGAGAGGGGAUUAGAUAUCAGCGCAGAGAGACCAGACUGUGUGGCGGGGAGACUGUGUUUUGUGUUUUACUCCAGCCUGAAGAAUCUGAAGGAAGUGUACAUCUGUCCAGCUCAGGGUCAGAAGGGGCCAGUGAGGGGACAAGUGUCUUUUUAUAGAGGAGAGAUUCCCAGCGAUCUGCCACAGGAAGUGGCGAGGAAGAGGAAAGGACUGGACAGUCAAUGGCUUGCAACUUUACCACUCAGACUUCCUGCUCUAAACUCAGACAAUAAUUUCAUAAUGGAGGAGCUGCAGUAUCCUCCUCUGAACCUGGGCGACCCUGAGAGCGGCUACCUGACCGAGGCCAACCUGCUGUCCAUCUCUCUUCAGAUCGGACAGGACUGGCGUGUGAUUGGCAUCAAUCUUGGCUUAAGCUACCAGGAGCUGGACCGCAUCCAAUACAAGUAUAGGGACAAUCUGGGAGCCUUGGUGCUGGACAUGCUGUUCCAGUGGGCCCGGGGACAGAGGGAGGCUGGACCAGGAGCAGUGUCACGACUGGCUGCGGCUAUGAUUGAGAGCGGCAGGAGAGACCUGGCAGAUGAGAUCGAGGACAUCGUCAGUAUAGGAAGGAGAAAGUACUCAGAGUCAUUGAGGAGAGUGGGCCUGGAAGCAGAGAGCUCCUCCCUCGGUGAUGGUGCACAGCAGUAGAUGAACCCAUGCUGGGUGCAGAUGGCUGACUUACACUUGAGUAACCUGUUUGUUUACAAUGUGCCCCCAUCAUCUCAUCCUGCUGUCUAAACAACUGUCCUGGAGGACAAAAAAGUCCAUGUUAACGCUAUCAUGAUAGCCAGCUGGCAGCACCUUUAAGAAGACCUACAGAAGACAGGUGAGAUGGACUGACUGCAUAAAGGCAAUGGCCUAAGAAAUCCCAGAAGUUAAAUUAACAGCAAUAGCAGGCAAGACAAGUGGACAAAGCACAAUCAAACUUCAUAAUCCCACUUGGACAGCAACACACUGCUGGAACAAACCACAAGAGACAAGGACGACCAGCAAGUAACGAGCUAACAGACAGACUGACACUUUGACCAGCCAGGGC